AUGCGCUCGCAGACGAUCCACGACCGCGCGAACAUCAACGUCGAGGUGUCCGUCGCGGCGUUCAGUACGGGAGACAGGAGGAAGCGUUCACGGGGAGACAAGCGGAUUUUGGAAUUCGCGGCGACGAUCAAGUCGACGUUCGAGCCAGUCGUGCAGACGGGCCUGUAUCCGCGCUCUCAGAUUGAUAUUUUUAUUCAGGUGGUACAACAAGAUGGGGGACUACUGCAGGCGUGUAUUAAUGGGACAACGCUGGCCCUGAUGAGUGCGGGGAUCCCGAUGCUCGACUUUGUGUGUGCGGUGAGCGGUGGGGUGUACUCGACGCACCCACUGCUCGAUCUGACGACGUUGGAGGAAAAUGACGUCCCGAAUGUGACAAUCGCGGUGAUGCCGAAGACGAGGAAGGUGUCGCUGGUGACGAUGGAGACGCGACUGCACGUAGACCGAUUUGAGGAGGUGUUUCGAGUCGCGACGGACGCGGCGGUGCGUCGAUGA